GGACACUGCUCAAUCCACUGCCUAGCAGGUGGCCCAUUCCAGCCUGAGAACGUAGUGAGUCUUUCAGUGGAGCCAGGGUCUGGUUCGUCGUGAGGAGCUCCGCGAUGUCCUCUCAACAGAGCGCCGCUUCCGCCAAAGGCUUUUCCAAGGGGUCAUCCCAGGGCCCCGUUCCGUGUCCCGCCCCUGCGCCCACCCCGGCGCCCGCCUCCUCCUCCUCCUGCUGCGGCGGCAGCGGCUGCUGCGGCUCCGGCGGCGGCUGCUGCGGUGACUCGGGAUGCUGCGGCGACUCGGGAUGCUGCGGCUCCAGCUCCACCAGUUGCUGCUGCUUCCCAAGGAGACGCCGCCGGCAGCGGAGUAGUGGCUGCUGUUGCUGCGGGGGCGGCAGCCAGAGGUCCCAGCGCUCCAACAACCAGAGCUCAGGCUGCUGCUCCGGCUGCUGAGAGGCCCGCAGCCCCCGGAGCUGCGCUAGAGAAACCCGUCCAACCCAGAGCGGGCCCGCCCCGCUGCGGCUCCCACGCGGGGCUGGGCCUCGCAGUUUGCCCCGUAAAGCGAAUUGCACUUUGAUGUUCAGAAACCCACUUUGUUCUCAGCCACGCAAAACUCCUUGACCCCGAUGUGAUUUUCCUCCCCAGGGAUUCGAGAGUCAUGUGUGGGACACUGGACCCUACUGUCUGCACGGGUUUGCACACAGCAGGUGCUCAGUAAAUGCCUACUGAUUUGAUUGUCUUUUGAAGAUGUCAUAAUAAAGCUUCUACCUCCUGAGAACA